CACAAUAUCUCUGUCUGUCUUCUAAAGCCAAAGCUUUCUCAAACCCAAAAACACUUCCACCACAAGCAAAACACACACAUACACAUACACACACAAUUCAAAGGCUUUAGCUUCUAUCACAAUGCAAAUAAACGCAGACCCACCACCAUUUUGGUCACCACCACCAAACACUUCCAUGCCUCGCCGUCGCUCAUCAUCUUCUUCACCACUUCUCUCAUCACCACUACUCAUCAUUCUCUUGCCGAUCAUUUUUUUAGUUUUCCUUUUCAUCACAAUCCCACCGUUGCUUUCCUUCACUUCCCAUAUCCUCAGACCCACUUAUAGCGUGAAAAAAAGCUGGGAUUCCUUCAAUAUAGUCCUUGUUGUGAUUGCCAUUCUCUGUGGAAUCUUUGCUAGAAAAAACGACGACGGAUCAACCAGUAAUGCUUUAUCAAACACAUCAACAAACAGCACAGACAAAACAACACACGAAGAAGAACCAACCUCACAACAACAACAACAACAACAAUGGUUUCAAUACUUAGAAAGAAAGAUCUCUGACUAUGAUGAUCCUGACCCUUCUCGGAUUUGGUCACUGGCAACCGGUGUGACACGUUUGAAGAGAAGCAGUAGCUCGUACCCAGAUCUGAGGCAGCAAGACUCAACAUGGGAAAGGGACGACGCCGAUGAUCACCCGUUUCGGUUCUUUGAUGACUUUGGAAUCAACAAGUUUAACUAUAACUAUAAUUAUAACCCAGUUAGACGCGGAAGCUUUGGACAAGAACAAGAAGAAGAGGACGUUGAAGUUAAGGAAAUCCCAGUUGAUACCUUUGAAAUUCGUUCUUCUCCGGCACCACCAAAGUCACCGGCGCCACCGCCACCUCCACCACCUCCUCCUCCUCAACCAAAACGUACUUACGAAACGGUGGGUCGUAAAGAGAAAGAAGCCAAACAAAACGACACCCAGUUCAGAGAAGUGAAAGAGGAAGAGAAAAACAUACGUCGGACUCCACCACCAGCGCCUCCACCGCCGCCAUCUCCGGCGGGAGUUCGUUCGGAGGAGCAGAGGUAUGUGAAGAGUGGGUGUAAAAAGAGCAAUGUGAAGAAGGAAAUAAAAAUGGUUUUGGCUUCAAUAUACAAGCAGCGGAAGAGGAAUAAGAAGAAAAGAAAGGAUCCCUACGACGAGUCGCUUCCGUCUGAAGCUGACCGAGCUUAUUCUACAAGGCCACUACCAUCGCCGCCGCCGCCACCACCUCCUCCACCACCCUCUGUUUUUCACAGUUUUUUUAAGAAAGGGUUAAUCAAAAGCAAGAAAGUUCACUCAGUCUCAGUCUCUGCGCCACCGCCUCCUCCUCCGCCGCCACCACCAUCAACUUCAACCUCAUCGAGAAAGAAAACCUGGGUUCCACCCAAACUUCACCGGCGGUCAAGCUUGGCCACGAUCGGCAAGCCACCAUUGCCGACGAGAGUGACCAACUGGGAUAAGAGUGAGAGUGUGAAUGUGGGUGUGAACAGUGGGGCACAGAGUCCAUCGAUUCCGAUGCCACCGCCUCCGCCGCCGUUCAAGAUGCCGGAUAUGAGGUUUGUAGUGCGUGGGGAUUUUGUUAAGAUAAGAAGCGCUCACAGCUCUCGAUGCGGGUCUCCAGAGUUAGAGGACGUUGAUGGUUCAUCUUCAGUCAGCGUGAUGGACGGUGGAGAUGGUGUUGUUGCUGGUGCUGGUGCUGGUGCUGGUGUUGGUGUUGGUGGGUCCGUGUUCUGUCCCAGCCCUGAUGUGAACACCAAGGCUGAUAGCUUCAUAGCUAGGCUCCAUGAUGGUUGGAGGCUUGAGAAGGUGAAUUCCUUGAGAGAGAAGCAAAAGAUGGGCUAGCAGCGCCAUUAAGUGGUUAUGGCCUCAGGCCCAAAAGUUUCUCUUUGGGUGGUCAUUGAGUCACACACUUACUACACACAUAAAUAUGAUAGUAUCGUUUCUCAUUAUCAAUCAUACAGUAAGCAUAUGGAUUGGUACAGUAAAGAAUUUGAAGGAAUGGGGUUCUGACUGUGUUUUUUGAUCACCUUUUGGAACCCCAUGGAAGAAGAUUGGAGUUUGAAUUGCAGUGUUUGAUGGGUUUUUAUUUUAUUUUAUUUUUUUGCAUAAACGGGGUAUGUAUAGGUUAAGAUUAUGCAAUGUAUGGUGUUUAUAGGGCUCUAAUUGUGGUUUUUUUAGUUACCUAUUAGAGCCCUUGAAGAAAAAGAAUGUGAGUUUUGUUUUCAGGCCUUCACCUAUUUCAUGUUAUUAUAGUGGUAAAUCUAUGCAGAGCUUUGCUAUAUUAAUGACUUUAUGCUUCUGA